CUGUACAUGUGCAAUGUCAUUACUGUCGAACGAAUCACACUCUAGACAUUUAGCCUUCUCAUGUUUGUAUAUAAACAUAUACAAAGAACGUUUUCCGCGAAGUUUCGCAAACGCAGUUGAGAAAGUAUUCUAUCACUUUACCAUUAUUGUUGUGUCUGCGACGAAAACCAAAUCUCUGUGUCUGCGUCGCAAUUGAGAAAAGAAAAUGUCUAACUUUAGGAGUAGUAUAUUUUUAAUAUUUUUUGGAAUAUGUUAUGCAACGGCGUUUUCCACGAAAACUUUAACAGCACCAACAUUCAGUAAAACAUAUACAGUAAAAGGAACUCUGUAUAUACCAUAUGCAGAGAUCCGAGAGCCUUUUUAUGCAUGGUACGAUGGCAACAGCGGAUCUAGUCGGAUUGAUUACUAUGGAGGAAUGGUUAAGACUUUUCAACUGACAAAUAAAGGGCAAUAUGGAGCCAGCAUAAAAAUAGCACCUAUUACUACCGAAACUGUUGUUAAUGAAGAAACAUGUCUUCAAGUAAAUGGCACUUUCGAUAUGAAGAUACAGCCUCAAUCUAUUAUUCCAGAUGCCUCUGAAAUGGAGUGCAUCGGCGAAGAGAUGAUCAAUGGAUUGUUGUGUGAGAAAUGGCGGCUCAUACAAGAAGUUGGAGAAAAAACGAAUAAAUAUACACUCUGGAUACGUUAUAAAAAAUCACCAUAUUUUCCACAAGUUAAGGAGCCCAUCCCUGUAAGAUAUGAAAUGAAAGGAUUUAAUAGUCUCUUAGGUUCACAUUAUGAUCAUUAUUAUUUGGAAUAUGACUGGUAUUCCUUUGAUAAACCUUCCGAUGAUGUCUUUAAAAUCACAGAAAAUGCAACAUGUAUUAGCUUCCCAGGACCAGGUGAAAAACACAUAUACACUUUUAAUCCAAUGCGUGAAUUUAUUCAUAAUUAUGAAGAUCAUUUAAAUGAAGCAUUUGACAUAUUCAAGCAGACUCAUCAGAAACAUUACAAAAAUGAAUUGGAUCACACGUAUCGCAAAAAUUUAUUUAGACAAAAUAUAAGAUUUAUCCAUUCUAUAAAUCGCGCCAAUUUAGGUUACCAGUUAAAGGCAAAUCAUUUGACAGAUCGUAGUGAUCUCGAAAUGAAAGCUUUACGAGGCAAACAAUACACUCCAGGUUACAAUGGUGGAGCACCAUUUCCACAUGAUAUCGAGAAGGAAAUCGCAAAUGUUCCGGACAGUAUAGAUUGGCGAUUGUAUGGUGCUGUGACACCAGUUAAAGAUCAAUCAGUUUGUGGUUCUUGUUGGAGCUUUGGUACUACUGGAACAAUAGAAGGCGCAUAUUUCUUGAAGCAUAAUAAGUUAGUGAGACUAUCCCAACAGACUCUUAUUGAUUGUUCAUGGGGUUUUGGUAAUAAUGGAUGUGAUGGUGGAGAAGAUUUCCGUGCAUAUCAAUGGAUCAUGAAACAUGGUGGUUUACCUACCGAAGAUGAUUAUGGUGGUUAUUUGGGACAGGAUGGAUACUGUCAUGUAAAUAAUGCAACGUUGACAGCUAAGAUUACAGGAUUCGUCAAUGUUACUCCACGCAGUGUAGACGCUUUGAAAAUUGCCAUUGCUAAGCACGGUCCAAUUUCCGUCGCUAUCGACGCCUCCCAUAAAACGUUCUCGUUCUAUUCUCACGGAGUGUAUUACGAUCCAACUUGUGGCAAUACAGAGGAUAAAUUAGAUCAUGCUGUUUUGGCCGUUGGCUAUGGCACUAUGAAUGGAAAGGGUUAUUGGUUGAUAAAGAACUCCUGGUCAAAUUACUGGGGCAAUGAUGGAUAUAUUCUGAUGGCACAAAAAGAUGACGAUUGUGGAGUUCUUCUUGCUCCUACAUAUGUUACUAUGUAAAAAUAUAUCUAUUUCUUUAUAAGAAAGAAAUUAUCUAUUCUAUAUUUCUAGGAACUAAAAUAUUAUAUAGUGCUCUCUAAGUUUUCAGUUAACUUAAACUUAAAACAUAAAUAUAAAUAAAAGAAAAAUUA